UCAGCUACCUGGUUGCAUUAGUUUGAUUUUUUUCUACUAGAUGACGCAUUGCAAAGUGACAAUCUCAAUUAUAUUCACACUGUACGUUCGUCAAGCGAUCAGCUGUUGCGGUGCGGCGCGUAGAUGACCUUGGCUUAGAAUUCUAUUAAAGAUUAAAGCCGAGUGAAGAAUACAAGUACACGGAGAAGAGGAAUCAAAAAUCUAUUUUAAAAUGCCAAAAACAGCGAUUUUACUCCUGGCCGAAGGCGCGGAGGAAAUGGAAGCGGUUAUCACCAUCGAUGUUCUUCGACGUGCUGGGAUUGCAGUAACUGUAGCCAGUCUCGACGGCAGCAAUGUCGUUACAUGUAGCAGAGGUGUGAAAAUUUGCCCCGAUGAACAACUGACGGAUGAACACAAGGAUAAAGCUUAUGACGUUGUUAUAAUGCCCGGUGGACUUGCUGGCUCUCAAGCCUUGGCUAAAUCGGACAAAGUUGGCGCCAUCCUCCAAAAACAAGCGAGUGAAAAUCGACUAGUGGCAGCUAUUUGUGCAGCGCCAACUGCAUUGAAAGCCCACGGACUUGCCAAGGGCAAGAAAAUCACUGCCUACCCAUCGAUGAAGGAUCAGUUACAAGAUGACUAUACGUAUAUAGAUGAGAAGGUGGUGAUUGAUGGCAAUUUCAUCACAAGCCAGGGACCUUCGACUGCAUACUUGUUUGGAUUGGCAAUCGUUGAAGCCUUGAUAGGAAAACCAGAAGCAACUACAGUUGCCCGAGGCAUGCUUUGUGAUGAGUACAAGUAAUUUGGUACUACAAGACGAAGCGAAGUAAGAGAAAGUUUUCCGGAAGGCUGGCCAGGAUGACGAAUGACAGUUUUUAAUAAAUAACAUUACUUCUAUAAGA